UCCAUUUCGAUACCUCUUUUCAUUAAUUUUAUCAAUUUGCUCACAAUGCCGUUGUGAGCAUUCUUUGGAAAAAUAUAAAUUGCGACUCGAUCAGAACGAAAACUCGCGAGUAUAACCUGCUUAGCCAAAGAUAUGCAGCUUCCCCUCCAAUGAGUUAAGACGUGAGUAUCGGACGUUGCUUCAUUCUGCUCGGCCGACAAACAUAGUCGCGAUGGCUAUCAAGGUCUAUCCUCUGACAGAGGCGGAUAUAUCAGGUGCAGUGAAAGCCAUACAGGUUGCAUUCGCAGACGAUCCUUACAACAACUGGAUAUUCGAUAAGUCCAAGUUCGACCCGCGACGUAAUGUUACCUCGCUCGGCAUUCGCUGCCGAUGGGGGAUACGCAAUGGGAUCUUCCAUGUGGCCAAGGAGGAAGGCUCCGAUGAGAUUCUUGGCGUUGCUUGUUGGUUGAAACCCCAGAGAGUAGGCCACGUGACCACUUGGCAUGACUUGUUCGAGGAUUGGCGGUUGUGGCUCAAUCAAGUCGGUAUGAAUCUGUACUACGGUCGAGGUGGCUUGAAUGUGAAGCGCUACUACAUCUGGAAGGAAGCUCAAGCCCAGGCCCAAUCAACUGUCUGGACUGAUCCUCGCGGAUAUUAUUUUCUCAAUAUUAUGGUCGUAGUGCCUAAAGCACAGGGCAAGGGGGUUGGUCGACUUAUGAUGGAAGCCGUGACGGAUCUUGCCGACGCAAAGCAGAUUAAAUGCUACCUCGAAUCCAGUCGCGAUGUUCCUAACAUGCAGAUCUAUGGUCGAUUCGGCUUCAAGUUUGCGACGGAGCUCGAGUGCAACGACGAUGGUAUAGCUAUCAAGCUAUUCUCUAUGGUGAGGGAGCCGAAUGCGGAGCCGCAGGACAGAUGAAUUUCAAGUCACCGGAUGCAACAUCAACAUCUGAUUGUGAAAAACUGAAUCUAACGUCAGACAAGGACGAUACAAUAAAGAUGCACAUGGAACAACCUUAGUAAAGUCGCUGAAAACCUGCUCGGAAACUACUCUUCACGGCACAAACACCUACGAACAUACAGAAUCAGAUGAAUUUUUACUUGUGAGACUCGGAGUCUCAGCACUUCGGGUUACUGAUCCCUAGGGUUCAUUUGAUACCUAUUUGCUGUGGUCACUCUCCC